GACAGAAAAAUCUUCUCAUCUCACACAAAAAAACCCUCUGCAAAGUGCAAAGUGAGGAGAGAGAGAGAGUAGAGAAUGGAGGGAGGCGGUGCUUUUGGUAGCGGCGGCGAUGGCGGCGGUGGUGGUUCAAAGCCGCCCUGCAUUACUUCGAUGGUGGUUGAGGGAAGCAUGGAGGGCCAGAGGAACUACUUGGCCCGUCGAACGGUGCUGGAAAUGUUGAAGGACAGAGGAUACACCGUCUCUGACCUAGAACUCACACUCUCUCUCUCUGAUUUCCUAUCGGCUUACGGUCACAAGCCUGACCUCGACCGCCUCCGUAUCUGCGCCUCCCUCCGCUCAAACCCUUCCAAAAAGAUUCUCGUUAUCUUUUGUGGAACUGAUGAAAUUAGAAAGCAAAACAUGGCUGGCAUGUUAAAUCAGAUCGCCAACAAAGAAAGCUUACACCGGGUGAUGUUAAUCUUGCAAAGCAAAAUGAACUACCAUGCUCGGAAGCUAGCGGACGAAUAUUCUGUUAAAGUGGAGACAUUUCACAUUACUGACUUGUUGGCUAAUAUCACAAAGCAUGUUCUAAUGCCAAAGUAUGAGAUACUGACUGUUGGGGAGAAGCAAAAGCUGCUAAAGAAGUACAAUGUAGAAGAUAAGCAGAUGCCUCGAAUGCUGGAGAAUGAUGCUAUUUCCAAGUACUAUGGGCUUGAGAAGGGACAAGUGGUGAAAGUUACUCACAAUGGUGCAUUUACUGAUUCGCUUGUUUCUUACCGCUGCGUUACAUGACCCACACUGUAUGUUGUGGUGGGUAGCAAUCUGGGAAACAUAUUUCAGGACCAGUUUUCCACAGUUUUUCAGUAUUUUAGAGGAUUUUUAGCUGGGUAUAGCUUUUGAAGUAAAACUUGCUGAUAGCUUCAUUACUUUGGAUUUUUAGCUGGGUAUAGCUUUUUGAGUACAAUCUGCUGAUAGCUUCCUUCUAUGAAUAUAUUAUGUAUCUUCCUCUUUU